AUGCGCAACCUACGAAAUUUCCGAUACGAUGUGUGCGAGACAGAUUUGGACGUCACGGCGACGUGCUGGGAUGCCGGAAGCGACGAUAUCCUAGCAACUUUUGGUCCAACAGAAGCCGACUCCAACAUCACGCUGGUAAGGAUUAGCGAUGAGCCUGGGUCGAGUCGCCUAAAAUGCGUCACGGUUGCCUCUUGGGAAGCACCAAGCCCGCACCCGGAUAUAGCAUUUGACCAUGUUGUCAGUCUGCACUACUUCAGCGACAAUGCCACAACAUGCAUAGUCCUUGCUGGAGGAGAUGUCAUCACAGUACAGGAGGACCAAUAUGCCACCACUCCCGGGGCCGCCCACAUCGAAAUCGCUGGCUCCAUCGACGCCGGGAUUGCUGCGGCGCGUUGGUCCUACGAUGACGAGCUGCUCGUCCUCGCGACCAAGGCAGAUACUGUGAUAUUUAUGAGUCGCAGCUUCGACGCGAUUGCCGAAGUGACCAUGACGGCAGAAGACCUCCAGGCCUCCAAGCAUGUCUCGGUAGGUUGGGGCAAAAAGGAGACACAGUUCCAGGGCAAGGGAGCAAAGGCGUUGCGGGAUCCCACCAUACCUGAGAAGGUGGACCAGGGUUUACCGAGCGCCCUGGAAGACUCCAGCACCACCAUCAGCUGGCGAGAGGACGGCGCGUAUGUUGCGAUAAACAGCGUCCAGGCGGGCUCGCGCAGGGUCAUCCGAGUUUACACAAGAGAAGGAGUUCUGGACAGCGCAAGUGAGCCGGUUGACUUUCUGGAAGGAAGCCUUAGCUGGAGACCGUCGGGGAACCUGAUUGCAGGAAUACAGCGGCUCUCCGAUCGGGUAGACGUUGUGUUCUUUGAGAGGAAUGGCUUGAGACACGGCCAAUUCGCUAUGCGUUUCCCCUCUGACUUGCCGAGCACCAACAUACCCAUAAAUCUCGAAUGGAACCCAGACUCAACUGUCCUUGCCGUGAGCUUUGGUGAUACUGUUCAGCUGUGGACUAUGGGCAACUAUCACUGGUAUUUGAAGCAAGAGAUAAGAUGCGUCUCAACGUGUUUGAGGCCGUCUUGGCACCCUGAAAAGCCCAUGCGCAUGUCUUUGGGUGCCAAGAACUCUGUGGCCCAUACCGAAUGGGUAUUUCACAUAUCCAGGGGCUCUAUCCUUCCACCUCAUGAUUAUGGUGCCGUUGCAGUCAUUGAUGGAAACAACCUCAAGAUAACACCGUUUCGCACCGCGACCAUCCCACCUCCUAUGGCCAUGUUUGAGCUCGAAGCUUCGACGAGUGUUAUAGACGUCGCCUUCACGCCAAACAAUUCACACUUAGCAGUGCUGCACCACACAGGCGUGGAUAUAUAUGAAUGGCAGACCAAAGCUGGGAGAUCCUUAUGCUCAAAACGAACGAUCCAAGUCCCAUUAAAUGCAGCUGGCCCAUACGUUACUACUUCACCGUUGCAAGUGGCCAUGUCGAGCCCGGAGGAUCUUGCUUUACUCAGUACCAAGAGCGGCAAACCGCUUGCUUCAAUUUACAAGCUGGCAUCUGAGAAGGCAGAAUUGCUUUGUGAGCUUGACGCACAGGGCUUUUCUGGAUUUGUUUUCUCUGCUAGAGCCCAUUUAUUACCGUGUAUACAAGACCGCUCGGGUAGACUUUUGCAACCUUCUCCAGAGAGCCAAACAUUGCUCCCCGUCAAGUUUUCCACCCAACUCCCAUGGGCAGAAGUUCUCCUGCAUGACGAUAGCACCCUGGCUGUAGGAAUGUCAAGAGGUGGCCAGCUCUACGCGAACACUCGAUUGCUCGCCAAGAACUGUACAUCCUUUGUCGUCACGGGAGAUCACUUGAUAUUCACGACGACCAACCACUUUUUGAAGCUGGUGCAUCUGACAGGUGCCGAAGAGCUCGAGGUUCCGGCAGAUGAUCCGGAGGUUGACGAAAGGUGCCGAAGUAUCGAGCGAGGUGCGAGGCUUGUGACAGCGGUACCCAGCAACAUGAAUGUAGUUCUCCAGAUGCCGAGGGGCAACCUCGAGACCAUAUUCCCUAGAGCAAUGGUUGUUGCAGGGAUCCGGCAGCUUAUCAACGACAAAAACUACGCGAGAGCCUUUUCGUAUUGCCGGACGCAAAGGGUGGAUAUGAAUAUACUCUAUGACCACAGGCCAGAGCAGUUUCUUGCCAACGUGGGCCUUUUCCUGGACCAACUGGGUGAUACCAGCUACAUUGACUUGUUUCUCUCAGCCCUCAGGGAGGAGGAUGUUACCCAAACAAUGUACAAGGACACAAAAAGAUCCAAGCCCGCAUGGGCCCCUGCCUCAAAUCCUUUCCCAUCUCAGGAAAGCCCACAGGGUGCAUCAGUUGCGGACCUGAGCUCAUCCAAGGUCAACACUGUCUGCGAUGCUGUGCUAAAAGAACUGGAAUCCAGGAGCUCAGCAAGCCUUCAAAAUAUAAUAACGGCCCACGUCUGCAAAAGCCCUCCUGCAUUGGACGACGGGUUAUCUGUUAUUGCGGGACUGAUGAAGGAGAACGAGGCCCUAGCAGAGAAGGCUGUCGAGCACAUCUGUUUCCUGGUCGAUGUCAACCGGUUAUAUGACAAUGCUCUUGGCCUGUACAAUCUCGAACUGGCGUUGCUUGUAGCCCAGCAAUCUCAGCGCGACCCCCGAGAGUACUUGCCUUUCGUGCAGAGCCUUCAUCAACUUUCGCAGCUGCGACGCUGUUUCACCAUUGAUGAUUACCUAGGAAAUCGCGAAAAGGCCCUUGGACAUCUAAAGGCCGACAGCGACUUCGAGGGCGUUAAGGAUUACGCGGUCAAGCAUAGCCUCUACCAAGCCGCCUUGGGUCUGUACCGAUACGACGCUGAGCAGUCGCGCACGCUGAUGGCGCUAUAUGCCGAAUACCUCGAGUCAAACUCCAAGAACCGCGAAGCAGGAUUGGCUUACGAGGCCCUGGGUAAAUUUGCCCAAGCGAUGAGUUGCUAUCGUUCCGCUGGCCCGUCGUCCUGGCGCGAGUGUCUGGCAGCAGCACAAAAGCAGCAGCCACCCCCAUCACAGGGUAGCCUGACUGAGCUUGCCGAGUCCUUGGCCGACGCUUUGAACGAAGCCAAGGACUAUGUCGGGGCCGCAACUAUCCACCGAGACUUCCUCAAUGACCCGGCCACAGCCAUCCAGCUCCUGUGCAAGGGCUCACUCUUCGCAGACGCCAUGCUGCUGGCUGCCACAAACAGUCAGGCCGGCCUCGACAGCGAGGUGGACAGUGGGCUGACGGAAGCCUUCGCCUCCUCGACCGAGCUCUUGGCCGACUGCAAAGCACAGCUCAAGGCCCAGAUCCCUCGCAUCCUAGAUCUCCGCCGCAAAGCAGCCGAGGACCCACUAGGAUUCUACGAGGGCGAGCGAUCUGGCGGCGGUGACGGCGAUGUCCCCGACGACGUCUCAGUCGCGGCCAGCUCGCGGCUCAGCACAAGCGCGAGCCUGUUCACGCGCUACACGGGCAAGGAGGGCAGCAUCGGCACGGCCGGGACCGGGGUCAGUCGGGCGACGCACAAGAACCGCAAGCGCGAGGAAAAGAAGCGGGCCAGGGGACGCAAGGGCACUGUCUAUGAGGAAGAGUACCUCGUCAACAGCACGCGUCGGCUCAUCGAGCGGGUCAACUCGGUCGGCGCCGAGAUCGAGGCCCUGGUGGCAGGGCUAUUUAGGCGUGGGAUGCUUGAGCAGGCAAGGGCCGUGGAAGCUCUGUUGGCUGAAGUUGUCGAGGGAUGCCGGCUUGCUGUACAGCAGGUGUGGCCUGGCAGUGACGUGAAGACGGCUGACGGACAGCAGAACGGAGCGACGGGCGGAGAUGCCGUGCUGGAGGCUGCGAUGGAGGCUAGAGUGGCUAAGCAGGAGCCUCCUGUGUUACCUACUUUCCAGCGAUUAUCUCUACUGGGGUAGAUGACCCGUUGAUUGACGACUUUUAACUCUUUAUACCUAACGACACCUGGGUCACCCCGUGA